ACAUUUUUCUUUUUUUCUUCCCCUGCAGAAGCUGUGCAGCUCUGCUUGUAGAUGUACCCAAGGGUGGAUUAAGAGCGAACGGGACCUAGAUCAACUGAAACUGCCAGUUUUUUCCUAGAGAAAAGGGAGUCAGAAAAUUUUGCCGACCCUGUUGAGAAAACCUGGAAAUGACUCUCGAAUGUGGAUUAGUCUGCCUCUUCAGUCAUGGAGUGAUCUGCCACUGGCCUUAAGCAAAGGAGUGAGGGAGAACUAUGUUUACUCCUUGAAACCAGCUAACCUGCUUUAACCACAGAAAACUGGUCUUCAGCUUGCCUGUUUGAUAUUCGUAGAGAGGAGUCAUACUGGAAGCAAUGAUUCACAACAUGACUGUGUCUGAAUAUAUUCAAAUAUCCUGUUGGCACUUUACAUGCCAGCAGAGAUUUGGUGCUGGAAAGGUGCUAUUGCUGAUGAAGCACACUUCUGUUACAGAGCUCUUGUACAGCAAAAUUUUAAAAGUGGUUGACAACCAGAUUAGCACAUUCUGGACAGGACUUGUUUAUGAACCAGCUAAAAGCUGCCUUCCCCUAAUCCACACUUGCUAAACUACUGCUACUGCAUUCCAUCAUUCAUUUGCCUGUCAUAUAGAGAUGCAUCUCUUAGAAAAAUAACAUCCAUUGGGUAAAUUCUAGCCAGACAUCCAUCCUGCUUGCCUUCUGCCUCCUUCUCAUUCAGCCAUCUGAAACAUGCUGAUGAGGUGGUCACAAAGAAUUGGGAGAAAUUCAAAUCCUUUGUACCACAAAAGUCUGUAUAAUCAAAAGAGGAGCUCUUAAGCUGCUGUGUCUUCCUGCUGGCUAGUACAGUUAGGUGCCUGACAAAGCAGCCACAGUUGCAGACUGACGUUCCUUUGCACUACUAACACGUAUCACUAAAUGACAGCAACCAGCAGCAGUGGAACUCACUGUCCUGGACCUUCCAAAUCACUUCUUUUAUGAGCUAUCCACAGCCUGACCCUGGAAACUUAUGCACUGGCCACGUUCCCUGAAAGGAAGAGAGAUGACCUCCCCAAAGCAUCUCUUGUUCCCGCCUCACUUUUUAUCUUGUCUGCUUAGAUUGCCAGAACUAGUCUUUACUGGGUCAUUUGUAUAGGCCUAGCACCCUAGUUGACCCCAACCCAGACUUUGGAUCUCUGUGAACUACUCUGAGACCCCAAACUCAAGUUAUAGAUAGGCCAGUACUAUCACAGCUGAAAUUAACAUGAGUAUAUACAACAGAUUGAUUGUGUUGUUAAUAACAAUGCUCGUUGUGGAAGGGAUUGCCGUGGCACAGAAGACGCAAGGUGGACAAAAUAUUGGAGUAAAUCACAUUCCGCCCACCCAAUGUGAUAACUGGGUUAGGACAAGUAAUGGAGGACAUUUUGCUUCCCCAAAUUAUCCUGACAUAUAUCCGCCAAACCAGGAGUGUAUCUACAUUUUAGAAGCUGCUCCACGCCAAAGAAUUGAGUUGACCUUUGAUGAACCUUAUUAUAUAGAACCCUCGUUUGAAUGUCGAUUUGAUCACCUGGAGGUUCGAGAUGGACCUUUUGGUUUCUCCCCCCUCAUCGAUCGAUAUUGUGGUCUGAAAAGUCCUGCACUAAUUAGAUCAACAGGGAGGUUUAUGUGGAUCAAGUUUACUUCAGAUGAGGAACUAGAAGGAAAGGGAUUUCAAGCAAAAUACUCCUUUAUUCCAGACUGCCAAUUCGAGCUCUCAGGAGCUGAUGGAAUAGUACGUUCCAGUCAAGUAGAACAAGAAGAAAAAACAAAACCUGGCCAAGCAGUUGACUGCAUAUGGACAAUUAAGGCUACUCCGAAUGCUAAGAUUUAUUUGAGAUUCCUGGAUUACCAAAUGGAGCAUUCAAAUGAGUGCAAGAGAAACUUUGUUGCAGUGUAUGAUGGAAGCAGUUCCAUUGAAAACCUGAAGGCAAAGUUUUGCAGCACAGUAGCCAAUGACGUGAUGCUGCAGACUGGAACAGGAGUAGUACGGAUGUGGGCAGAUGAAGGUAGCCGACUGAGCAGAUUCAGAAUGCUUUUCACUUCAUUUGUGGACCCUCCCUGCCCAGGCAGUACUUACUUUUGCCAUAGCAACAUGUGCAUCAAUAAUUCUUUAGUCUGCAAUGGCAUUCAAAACUGUGCAUACCCUUGGGAUGAAAAUCACUGCAAAGAAAAGAAAAAAACUGGACUGUUUGAACAAAUCACCAAAACUCAUGGAACAGUCAUUGGCAUUACAUCAGGGAUAGUUCUGGUUCUUCUUCUUAUUUCAAUUCUGGUCCAAAUAAAGCAGCCCCGCAAAAAAGUUAUGGCUUGCAAAACUGCUUUCAAUAAAACUGGUUUCCAAGAAGUAUUUGACCCUCCACAUUACGAACUAUUUUCAUUAAGGGAUAAAGAGAUUUCUGCAGACUUGGCUGAUCUAUCAGAUGAACUUGAAAACUACCAGAAAAUGAGACGCUCCUCUACUGCCUCUAGAUGCAUCCAUGACCAUCACUGUGGCUCUCAAGCCUCCAGUAUAAAACAAAGCAGGACCAACCUCAGCUCCAUGGAACUGCCUUUUCGUAAUGAUUUUGCACAACCUCAGCCAAUGAAAACAUUUAACAGCACAUUCAAGAAGAGUAGUUAUACUUUCAAACAGGCCCACGAUUGCCCUGAGCAGGUCAUAGAGGAUAGGGUGAUGGAAGAAAUUCCUUGUGAAAUAUACGUCAGGGGACGAGAGGAUGCUGCACAAGGCUCAUUAUCUAUUGACUUUUAAUCUCCUACCGAAGGCGAUAUUGGUGUAUAUAUGGGUGUGGGGGGGUAUAUACACACAUGUCAUAUAUAUAUGACAGUGUAUAUACGAAAAUAUGUACCAUAUGCGGUGUGUGUGGAUAUACACACUUUUAGCUUACUGUAUCCAACACCAUUUUUUUUUACAAAACAAAGUCUUCAUAACCAGUGGUGGACUUCUUCCUACCUUCCCAAGCCAUCCAUCUAGUUGAGCAACAAAGCUGCAAGGUUUUGCAUGGGAAUCAUCAGUUAAGGAUAUUAAUAAAAAUUACUAAUAACUGAUCACUGAAAACAAUGACUAGAAUCUUUUUCUCCCUCCACUCUGUAUCAUUUUCCCUUCUUUAAAUAUUUAGUUUUCAAGUCAAAAUUAACACUUCAGUUACUUAAGUAAAGAAAAGUGGUUUAUGCAACACAUAUUUUGACAUAAAUGUCUUAAUAUAUUUGUCAAGUUGCAGCUAGAAUUACAGUGCUGAGUGCCAAUUAAGACUCAGUUAUGUUACAUCCAUCUGCUUCAUCCUGACUAACUUUUAUAUUGCCUUUAAUUACUAGUUCUUAGUCUCUGUAUUUUGUGAAACAUGUGAAAUGGCUUAUUGCCUUGAAGAGUAAGAAUAUUUUGUUUUAGUUAUAGUUUUUUUUUAAGUGCGUUUGAAAAUAUGGCCUUUGCAGCUUGUGGAUGCAGUCCUGGAAUAUUUUUCAAAUCUUCAACAUUUAUUCUUAUAAAAUGGCUUCCUUUCAGGAAGGUCUGUGAUUUAGUAUACAGUGGGCCAGAUUCUACAAUGUGUUACAGUCAUACAGUUCCAUUGAGUUCACAGCUGUGUAACUAAAGCAUAAUUUUGGUUAUUGUUUUCCAAGUAGUUCUAGAAAUAGAUUGUAUUUUUGUGGUUCUGUACAUCUGCAUCCGACAGCAAUCCCAGUCCUGUUGUCCUUGUAUAUCCAAACUCCCCUAAUUAACUCAGUUCUGGGUACUCUGGGUUCAUUCCCAAACUGCGUAAGGAGUAUAGGAGCAAGCCCACUAUAUGUUAAGUUUUGAGAUCUGUGAUGACUAAGGUGGGAGAAGCUGGUAGGGACAAGGAGAAAUCCCAGAGUAAUUAAUUGCAUUUAGCCUUUAAGACUUCUUAUUUAAGAGUUUCAUUUUUCUAGCGCUUGUUUCCAUCUUGCAAAAUUGCACAUUUCAUACUUUUUUUUUAACUGUGGGUUUGAUCUCAUUUUGAUCAUCUUUUUAUGGUAUGACACAAUUUAUAACAUAUGACUAUUCAUUGUGGGGUUUUUAGACUUUUAUAUAAUUUGAUACUGUACAGACUGUUUAUUAAAUCAAGAUUUAACACCUGUACAGCACAUUUAUUUCAGCAUCCAUGGUAGUGACGUUGAACAACGUGUGUGAGCGUACACUGUAAUUUGUAAAGAAUACUUCAUAUUAUUUCUACAUUAGCCCCUUUCACUCCCUAGUUUGAGUUUUUAUUUUUGGUAUUUUGUUUUAGAGGGAAUAGUGUUCUUUCACUAAAUGUGACCUAACAGCUCUCAAUCACCGGACACAACCUGUAUUAAGAAACAUACAUAAAAACAAA